CGCGUGUGUGCGUUUAUUUUUAAUGAGUGUGUGUAUGUGUGCGUGAGUCUCGUGUUUUGGUUUUUGAGGAUCAAAAUAAUAUAAAUAAAUAAAUAACGACAUAAUCGCGAUAAUAAUUUCUUAAAGUUUUCUAAUUCGACGUCGUCCGCGGACCGCAGCGUGUUCUAUUGUACGCAUUACGCAGUGAUAUUCUCUGUGUGUUUUUAUUAUCAUUUUUUCCCUUCUUUUUUUUAUAUACAUACAUAUAUAUUAUUUACAUUAAUUGUUUUUGUGUGUAUACACACGUUCGGUCGUCACAAUGGUACUCGGUUACAAUAAUCCACUGUGCCGCAGUGGAGGCGGACACCUCCCGGACCGUCUGCGGUGCACAUCGUAAAAAUUGUAGCAAAAUACACCAACCAUCCAAUGCAUCACCAACAAUAGGUAUUGCAUGAAGACUGCGACACCUGCAGAAGCAGUAUCAUGUCAGCGUUAAAUGAGACUGACACCAAGAAACGUAAACAACUAAACAAUGAAGAGCCGAUCUUGGAAUCAAGUACAAAAAAAAUCAAAGUUCAAGCACAACGUAAGUUUGCCCAAAAUGCUGUAACACAAUUUAACACACAACAGAAACCAGUUCAGUCGUCUUUAGUUUCUAAUAAUGUGAUAAAACCUCCUAUCAAAAGACCAAAUACAGAAGAUUUCCUUACCUUUCUCUGUUUUAGAGGAACAAGUUUAUUACCUCCGCGAUUAGACUUUUUCAAUAAGCCUCAGCGUUCUCUUUCAGCACAAGAAAUUAUUGCUGGAAAGAAGAGAAAAAAGAGUUCUACAACACUUCCGACAAAAAAUGUAGUAAACAAUGUUGUUAAAAAUGGACCAGGUGAAAAGAAAAAUGUGAAACAACAAGUAUCGCAAACUAAGUAUGCUUCCUUGACCAAGCUCGGGCAAAAAGUUAUUGGUCGUAAUUUAGUUAGAUCAAGUUCGAGGUACGCAAUAAGACAAGAAGCUCUCACCUUACGGCAAUUAGCCCUCCGCCACGGGCCAAAAAUUAAAAAAGUCAAUCCUAAAACUCAAAAGCCUCAAGUUCCACAAAAAGUUCAGAAAGCCAUUAAAAAAAGUGGAAAGCAAAUUCCUCUUGAUGGCAAACAAGUUAGUAGGUUAAAAGGCCGAAUAACACGAUCAAAUUCUUUGCCAAAUGUAUUUGGUCCGGGCGUAAAUCAACUUCGAGAUGAUAAAGGUAAAUGGGUUAAAGGUAAACCUUCUUCAACCACAUCUAAAGACUCUAAUAGUGCUGAAGAAAGAUCAUCGAGAAAAAAGACUGUUUCUAAGAAUAUUGAUCACCAAAGUGACCUUGGAAAUGUUAAAGAUAGAUCAAAUGAUUUAAGUUCCAAAGUUAUCAAUAAAAAUGAGCGAAAUACUAGAAGUUUAGUAACCAAACAUGAGAAUAGCUGCAACCAAGAUAUAAUUACUGCUUCUAUUAAAAAAUGUGACACAAAUACUGCAUCGUCCAAAAAUAAAGCUAAAAGUUUAGUUGAAACUAAAGUGGCUUCAGUUAACAAAAAAAGAACAUGUUCAGUAGAUAACAUAAGAAACAAUCGUGAAAGUAAAGAUUCAAAUGGAAUAAUCCGUUCAAGGCCUCCUAGAAAAACAAAAGAAGCAGCAACUAUAUAUAUGGAAAUGUUAAAAAAAGAUAUGCGGUUUUCUGAUGAAAACGAUGAUGAUGAUGAUUCAUCUUCCAUUGAAAGUUUUCCUGAACUUCCAAAUUUACGAUUAAGUGAAGCACGAGAACGGAAAUUAAAUUCAGUUGUCAAAGUGAAACGGCCUCCGCAGAAUUUGUGUAAAAGGAACUUAAGACCUCGUCGUUCUUCUACUAUGCUUGAAGAUUACAUUAUGACUGAUUCCGAAGAAGACGAAAAGAAUAAUGAUCAUAAAACCAAAACUAGUUGUCAAACCUCAAAAUCAACAUCUAAUAAAACAGAUGAACCUGGUGUACAAUGUAAAAGUAUUGAUGAAGAAUCCAUUAAAAAAAAUCCGAAAACAAAUAAGACUGACUUUAAACUGAAAAAAGAUUUGAACAAACAUGAUUCUGAUACCAAAAAGAGUCAUAAUCAUCUAACAUCAAAUAAAAAUAUUUUAAAAUGUGACAAAGAAUUAGAAAUUAAGAAAAAAAAUAAUGUUGAAAAUAAAAAGGAAAAAUCACUUAACAAUAAGACUGAUACAAUUUCUAAUGUAAUAAGUAAUGACGAUAAUUCAACAAAUAAUGUAAAAAAAGUAACAACUAAGGAUCCAGUUAAAAAAGACGAAAAAAAAAGUAAAAAGCCAAAUUUGGACUUGUACAACAAUAAUAAAAAAAUGUUAUCAUCUCCAUUGGCGACACAAAUACCUUCUAUGUUUAAUAGUAAUGCUAGUGAUACAAAAGAAGAGCUUCUUGAUCGUAUGGCUGUAAACUUUGUUAAUAAAUCGGUAAAAAAUGAUAAAAAAUCAGAAAAUAAAGAAAUCCUAACAAAAAUUAACGCUAACAGUGGAAAAGUGAAAGCACAUACUGAAACUAAAAAAAUAACAAAAACUGAAAAAAAGUUUGAUGUUCCAAUUAUAAAAGAAGAAAAUGAAAUUAAGCUCGAUAGUCAAUCUAUAAAAACAGACAAUGUUUGUAAGUUUGAGAAAAAGGAAUCGUUAAAUAUAAAAAAUGAAGGAAAAACUGAGAAAGUUGGAAAUAAGUUAUUUUCAACCGUAACUAAGGAAUUAUGUUUAGAAAAAAAAGAUAUCAAAAUCAAUGUGCCAGGAUACUUUUCUGAUAAAAGUUUUCAACUUCCCAAGUUCAAACAGGAUGAUGGUUUAUCAGUUCUAUCAGAAAUUUGUAGUGCCCUUCCUAGAUUUAAUGAACCAUUUGUUCCAAACAGGCAAUUGUUAACUAAAUUGCCCACUUCAACUGAAAGUAGUUUUGUAAAAUAUGUCGAUGAUAAAAAAGAAGAAAAAACUUUUGAGAGUCGUACUAUGAAAAUGGUUAAUUUAGCCAGAAAUAGCAAAGAUAAGAAAGAUUUGGCAACUUCUUGGAAACAAGCUUUUAAAAAUGUCAAAGUACCCAAAAAUGGGUUAAGCACUAAUGGUAACACUUGGGUGAAUGGAAAACAGAAUGAAAAUCAAACACAAAAGUUAAUAAACAACACUACACCCGAAAAUACUAACAAGAAAUUAACAAAUGAUCUAAUCAAAAACACACUUCAAUCAACUUUAAGUACUAGUGAAAAAAAAAUAGAAUCACAGCUUUGUCCAAUAAGCACUAGUGAAUCAAAAUCUGAAUUGGAAAAGAAAGGAAACUCCACUUAUUUGGCAAAAACAACGAUUUUGGCCAGUACAAAGUAUGAUCUGAAAUUUGAAAAACGUCUGUCUAGUCAAGAAAAACGUAAAGAAAUCACUGAUAACGUUUGUGAUGAGCAAACUCCGGAAAAAAAGAUUUUCCAGCAAAGAAGAUUGUCAACGGCUCAGUCUUGCAGUGGAAAUAGCUCAGAUGCUUUUUCACCUGAAAACGAAACCAGUGUUUAUGCUUUUCAACCAGAUUUACCAAUAGCUAGUACGCCUUUCCGUAGAAGUAAACCUCAAUCUCCUGUCAAGUCCAGAACAGUUUCACCUAAUACUUCUAUUGCUGUGAGUUUUGAAAGCGAUUCAAUGGAAGGAAAAUCUCAAUCCACAAUAUCAAACGAUGCUGAUAGCGAGGAAGGACGUUUGUUUUAUAUUCCUUUGCCGGCUGGUGUCCAGGCUCAACCAUUAAUUCAAGGUGUCACUGUCAAACUUGGUACUGAAGGUCCUCAGAACAAGUUAGUUAUGAGUGCCAAAUUAGUGACCAAACCCCCAGCAGCUUCAACUAUACCUGUCAGUUCUAUAUCACCAAAACCAGAAAGGAAAAUUAAACCGUUAUGUACAUCCAAAACUUCAAACAAAACGACACCCGUUGGUACAGUUCAACCGACAACUCGAGCUAUUCAGCCUCCUAAAUGUAUACCUUCCACCUCGAAGGAAAUGUUACCAUUAACAGUUUCGGAGUCAAAAGUUGAAGAGAAGAAGCACUUAAUGCCAAAUACAGAAUCAAAAAAAUUAACAACAAUCUCGGAUAAAAAAAAUAUAAAGAAGACUGAAAAACAAGUUAUAAAAAGAAAGACUUCUGAAAAAGUUGCUAUAAAAAAAAAAAUUGUCAAAAAAUAUGCAGAUAUGGUCGAUGCUCCGACAUUCUACCCGACUGAAGAAGAAUUUAAAGAUCCGUUAGAAUAUUUUGAAACUGUUAAACAUGUUGCUCAAAAAUUUGGUGUAUGUCGUAUUGUUCCACCAGCUAAUUUUAAGCCCGAAUGUAAAGUUAGUGAUGACAUGCGGUUUACGGCAUAUAAUCAGUAUGUUCACAAAAUGAUGGAUCGCUGGGGCCCAAAUGUUCAUGAAAUGAUUGUCAUAAAAAAAUACUUAGAAACUCAGUCUAUUGUUUUAUCUAAUCCUCCACUUAUCGGUGGAAUGGAACUCGAUCUACCACGAUUGUAUCAUACAGUUCAAGAGCUGGGCGGUCUAAAAGAAGUAAUUGAAUUGGAUAAAUGGUCUCGUGUAGCUGACUUGAUGAAAAUACCUAAAAGUGCUCAAGACCGUGUAACAAAACUUGAUGAUAUAUACUGCAAGUAUUUACUACCUUACGAUACUCUUUCUCAUGAUGAACGCCAAAAAUUAAUGAAUGAAGUGGACAAAGAAUGGAAGCAAGUAUGCCGCAAAGGUGAUACGGAAAAUGAAUUAUUUGGAGAUGUAAAUGAUUGUAUAACAAAGGGUCGUAGUAUUGCAUUGAGUGCAUAUUACAGAGUAGCACGUAACACCAGCGCUAUGUGGUUUAAAGAAACCCAAACAAACUCGAAACUUCCUGGUAAUAGUAUUAAAGCGGAAGAAGUAGAAUCAAUGUACUGGAAACAAGUGGAAGACAAGAAAAACCAUAUAUGUGUAUUAUCGGGUUCAAUUGAUUCGGGAGCCGAAGGUUAUGGUUUCCCGACUACCAAGACCGCGACGUUUACCAAACAUCCAUGGAACUUGAAAGUGCUGACCAACAAUCCAGUGUCCGUAUUAAAAUCGUUGGGUCCUAUUAUGGGUAUGACGGUACCUACCAUACAUAUGGGAAUGAUUUUUUCUGCAUGUUGCUGGUACAAAGAUCCUCAUGGACUUCCGUGGAUAGAGUACUUGCACACUGGAGCAGACAAGAUAUGGUAUAGCGUUCCGAGUGACCAAAGUGCCAAAUUUCGACAAGCCAUGAAAACAUUAUUACCCAGAGCUGUUGCCGAAGGGAAAAAUAACCAUACGUGGUUAGCUGCCGACAGUGGAAUGGUUCCUCCUUCUAAAUUAUUAGAACACGGUGUUACAUUAACCAGGACUGUACAAAAUCCUGGACAAUUUUUAAUUGUUAUGCCCAAUGCUUACACAUGUAACAUUUCCACUGGCUAUGUCAUUUCAGAGAGUGUAUACUUUACACAAAAUGGAUGGUUAAAUAAUGCAGAAAAAAUAUUCCAGGAUUUACAAAGAAACUGUGAACCAGCAGCCUUUUCAUUUGAGAAACUUUUGAUAAAUAUGUCGACUGAUUCUAGAACGCCAAAUAACGUUUUAAAGCAGCUUCUGGACAAUUUGAGUAAUAUGAGAGAUUGUGAAGUGGCACUGAGAAGUCAAUUGGAAGAUUUGGGUCUUAAAGCAUCUGAGCGUUUACAACCUGUAAACACAUCCAAGUCGACUGAACAAGAUAAUGAUUUUGAGUGUGAUGUAUGCAAUUCCAUUCUGUAUAUAUCAAUGGUUCACAAUUCAUACGAAGACUGUGACUAUUGUUUAAGGCAUGCAAUAGAGAUUUUAUCAAAAAAACACAACCAACUCAAGCAUUGUAAAUUCAUGUACACACUAAAUGAGAAUGAAUUGGAUUCAAUUAUAGUCAAGUUGCAAGAAAAAAUUGAAUCAAAAAAGAAAAAGCUUGCAAAAGUUAAUGCAAAUGAAAUACAUUGAAGCUAAUAAUAAGCCUAAAAAAAUAAGUAUAAAAUGUAAAGUGUCCACUACAUUGUUCUUUAUAGGGAGUAAAUUGAAGACUUAAUUUUUUUUCUCGGAAGUUCCAACAUUUUGUGAUUUUUUUUAAUUUAAUGUAAUUUUUUAAUUUUUUAUUUUUUACAAUUGUACAAAAAUUGUGUUCAUGUGGUCUCAGAAAUUUGUUAAGUAUUCUUAUAGCAAAUUUUUGUACUUAAUAGAUAAUAAGUUUUGUCAAAUUUUAUGUGUUGAGUGCUACAAUAGUGAAUUCAAAACUUGUUUAUGUCAUAAGUUGUAUAGAAACUUUAAGCAAUUAUGUCCAAAAGACUAGUAAAAUAAAUGCGAGUAGCUUUAUUAAA